AUGCAAAAAGAUCGAAAUAACAUCACCGAACUCGUUCGAUCAGCCUAUGAAUUCAAUGUUGAGGAUUCUCUUGACUUGUCUUGCUUGGAUGGAAAAACCAUUCUCAUCACUGGAGGAGCUUCUGGAUUUGGCGAAGGUUUCUUUAGGAAGUGGGCAGAGCAUAACGCGAACGUGAUAAUUGGAGAUGUGAACGCAAUCAAAGGGAAAGCUUUGGUUGAAGAAGUCCGGGCACAGACCAACAACCAGAAUCUACAUUUUCUAUACUGUGACGUCACCAAAUGGCAAUCACAAGUUGACUUUUUUCGAGACGCGGCAAAAUUAAGUCCUCACGCAGGAAUUGACGCCGUGGUUGCCAAUGCGGGAAUUGCCUCAGACAAUCCUGUUUUCGACAACCCAGCUCAUGAUUUGGGGGCGCUCAGCGAGCCGCUUUCGAUCGAUCUCAAAGUUGUCGAGGUCAACUUAAUAGGGGCAAUGUAUACUGCGCAUCUUGCGUUCCACUAUCUUCCUCUAAACCCAUGCCCACCGCAUACUUCACCCGGUCAAGAUGCCCCCAAGCGAGACCGUCAUCUUUUAUUGAUAGGCUCCGUGGCAGGCAUAGCCGCCUUUCCAGGACAAGUUGAAUAUUGUGUUGCGAAACAUGGAGUCACAGGACUCUAUCGCUCAUUGAUGUGUACAGCCUUUACAAAAGGAAUUCGCGUCAACCUAAUCAUGCCUUACUUUUCCGAUACACCAAUGCUGUCUACGGCGUUACGAGCAAUUCUUGCUGGUACGCCUGUAGGCAAGGUUGAUAGCAUUGUGGAUGCUGGUACAAGACUCAUGGGAAGCGGCGUGAGUGGAAAAGCUUUGGUUGUUGGGCCAGACGUGAAAGUGGACAAAAGUUGGACUGUACUUUCGGACCCGUCGAAAGAUGGAAAGUCUGUUGCAAUCCGAGAGGUAUAUGGCCAAGAUUUCGAUGCUGUUGAUGCUUUUACUCUGCGCUAUGUAAAACUUAUGUAUCAAAUAACGAUAUUGAAUGGGUGGAGAAUGUGGGUCUGCGACAUGGUGGCUGCUCUUUUGCAUCCUUUUCAAGCAUUUUGGAAACGUAACUAA